CAAUUCGUUGCAUGGUCGGUUGAUCGUCGUCGUGUAGUGAUUUUGUUUGGGCAAUAUGGAAGAAAGCGAAGAAUUCCUUUCAUGUGCUUCUGAUGCGCAAAGACAUCGUCCUCCAACAUCGAAUGACAAACGCCUUGGAUCUGUUCUGAAAGUGCCAAUCGAUCAAGACUCUCCGUUCUAUGCCAUGAACGGCAAGAAGCGUGGUAAAGUUCUGAUUUUUAAUCACAAAAAAUUCGAUGACAAUAUCUAUAAAGAACGCGAGGGAACGGAACUAGAUGUGCAGAACUUACGUGCUUCAUUAUCGAAGUUAGGAUUUCUGGAGGAAGAUAUAGUGUCACAUGACGAUCUCUCUGCUAUAGAGAUUGAAUGGGAGGCUAAGGAACUUUGUUAUGAUUCAACAUUGGUUAGCUGUGAUUGUCUCAUAACGGUGAUUCUAACGCAUGGCGAAAAGGAUGAUCGAUUGAUGGCCAGAGACACCAGCUAUCAUCUUUAUAAAUUCAUCGAAAAAUUUAGUCCUUCCCAACUGCCCAGCAUGGCCGGAAAACCGAAACUGUUCAUCGUUCAAGCUUGCAGAGGAAGAACCUUGGAUAGUGGAAGAGCUGUAAAACGACGUCGAUCAUUAGAGGAUAGUGUGGAUGCAAGUAGCGAAAUCUUCACGUAUCCAGAAUUUGCAGAUUUUCUCAUCGUCAUGAGCUCUCACCAUGGAUACAGAUCGUUCCGAAAGAAGGUGCAAGGAAGUUGGUUGAUUCAAGAUUUAUGUAAAGUGUUGAACAACUGUCGAGUCCAACACGAUUCGAUCUACGACAUUCUGACGAAAACCAAUUUAGCUGUUUCAAAACGCAUCUCUUGUAAUGAAGAGGAUGAACUGGACGGAAAAAAACAAGUCUCAAGCUUCUAUUCCACCUUGACAAGAUCGUUGUAUUUUGCUAGGAAAUAAGAUAGUAUCUGUUUGUCCCUGGACAUCGAUAUUUUUAUGAAGGCUUAUCAAAAGAAACCGAAUCGGUUAGAGAAGGUUCUUAAGUGUUCAUCACAAAAUAUGUAGUUAUCAAGCCCCAGGGAUUAACUUCUUCAAGGAUGUUUUACUCCAACAAUGUAAAAAAGUUUAGAAAAUUUUUAAAUAAAAGGAAUAAUUUUCCAAGAAA